AUGCGGAAAAUUGGCGAUUUGUGUUAUGGGCGUGGCAAAAAUAACGUUUAUAUAAAAGAAUCUUUCCGACUUCUCUUCUUCAGUUGGUCUUUAACUGGCAUUGCACCAACUAAAACACCUCGUCUCUUCAAUACUAUUUUCAUGAUUAUUUGCUGGUGUGGUAUUCUGAUGUGCCCAUAUUGCUUUAUUGCCGGUGCCGUUAAUUCCAUGAAAACUUCAGUCAUUACCGUGACACUGGUAAAUUUACAAGCGGCCCUCAACGGCAUAGCUUUGCCAUUGAAAGCGAUCACCAUUGCCGUUAAUGUGAAGCGUUUACGCAGCAUCGAUAAUAUUUUCAAGGAAUUGGAUAACAGCUACACGGACCCAGUUCAUCAUGAGCUGAUUAAAAAGUCUGUGAUGCGCUGCACACGUUUAUUCGUUGUAUUUCUCACCGUUUACUGGCUAUAUGGCAUUACCAGCUGCACGGCGGCAUUAUUCUCACAUAAAUAUCCGCACUCCAUGCAGAUUCCAUUCAUCGAUUGGCUACCGGAUUCAGAUGUAAAAUAUUGGCUGCACUAUAUCUUGGAAGCAUCCUACUUUUUCUUUUUGCUGCUAGUAAAUCUCACGAAUGAUGUUUUUCCUGCGAUUUACAUAAAAGCUAUUCGUACGCACUUGUAUUUGUUGACAGAACGGGUGAGUACAAUUGGCAAGAAAUCCGAAACAACCGCUGAGCAGAAUUACGACACUUUAGUGGAAUGCAUUAUUUCGCAUCAGAAGUUACUUAGAAUUUCUGACACCGUCGGUGAUGUGAUAUCGAAGUCAAUUUUCUUUCAACUCGCCGUUUACUCAACCAUACUUUGUAUUUGUAUGCUUAAUAUGCUCAUAUUCGCGGACACCACAUAUAUAUUGGUUACAUUGGUGUAUCUUAUACCAGUUUUGUCGCAGACCAUACCUAGCUGUUAUCAGGCCUCUAUGCUCGAGGCUGAAUCCACUAAAUUGAGUGUGGCAAUUUUCCAUACCAACUGGUGGAAUCUGGAUAAGCGUUGCCACAAAUUGCUCAUAUAUUUUAUACAACGGUCGCAACAAGAAAUGGUUUUCACGGCAGUUAAAUUGUUUCAAAUUAGUUUGAAAACAAAUUUAACGAUCGCCAAAUUCUCAUUUACUUUGUAUACAUUCAUAAAUAAAAUGGGCAUUGGAGAGACAUGGAAGAAUUAA